AUGUUUUGGCUCUGCCCGGAUGGCCUGUGCGACUGCCAUGAGCAAAUACACUCGAAGACUCCGGAAUCCAUCGGUCUCGUUUUACUGGAUAAAGUGUCAGGUGAAACAAUCGACCUAUGCGGAGAGAAUACCAUACUUGAAGUGACAUUCGACAUUGUCACAACCAAUAUGGUCCUCAAGCAGAAAACACACGAUCCAAGACUCUGGCCUUCAACACAGCACCAAAUCACCUUUUGUCUCAACCCAAACAAUAGUGAAUUUGUCAAUCUGGAGGGUCUCGAGGACAACUCGCUUUUGCUCACCAUUAAGCUCAAAUCACCCAUCUCCCCCAAAACCACAGUAUUGAAGAUCAAAACGCUCGAAUAUGGAUUCAUCAAUGACCGGAUCGAGAGUCCCCUUUCCCAGAAUCUUCUGAAAUGCCAUGGAAACGACAAAAUUUUGCUACUUCGAUUCCCGGAACGUCGAAUCCACUCCCAGAAGACUGUUGCUUUAACCCUCCUGACCUAUCGAGAAAUCGACUCCACAAUAUGGCAUCGAAUUGUUACUAGCAAGAGGCUUAACAAGAUCUCAGGACUCAAUUGGAACCGAAUGAAGAAGAAGACCAAUUUCAAGGAGACGAUGUUGGAGAGAAUGAAGAUCAGAGCAAAGCCAGAUUAUUUUUCACGCAAGCAGAAAACUGCCAGGCCUGAGUCUCUCUUUGGAAUUACCAAUGGAAUUGGGAUUGAGGGCUUUGCAGGACUGGUCGAUGCUCAGCCUAUUGGUUGGGGUGGCGUUCUUCCUGAGGAAGUCUUGCCUGGUAUGGGAUUUCCAUAA